AUGGAAGUUGAAGUAAUCUCCCUAGAGACCGUAACACCCUCAGCCCCAACCCCUCACCAUCUCCCCCGUCACCAACUCUCCUUUCUCGACCAGUUUGCUCCCCACGUCUACAUCGGUUUCCUCUACUUCUACUCCCUCCCCAACACCCACAGCCACUCUCAAAUCUCCACCCACCUCAAGAGAUCUCUCUCCAAAACCUUAACUCACUACUACCCUCUAGCCGGCCGAGUCCGAUUCAACCUCUUCGUGGAUUGCAACGACCAUGGAAUCCCCUUCCACCAAGCUCGAGUCAAAUCCCACUCACUCUCUGAUGCCAUCACCAAUCCCUCCCUCUCCGAACUGAACAGCUUGCUGCCUUUCAAGCUCGACGAGCUGACAGAGAUACCUCUCGGAGUUCAACUCAAUCUGUUUCCGUGUGGAGGAGUUGCUGUUGGGGUGUGCGUUUCGCAUAGACUCGCAGAUGCCUUGUCUUAUUUCACAUUUGUUAGGAACUGGGCUGCAACUGCUUGUGGAGAUGCAGACGUGGAUGUGGACUUCUCAGCAGCCUCGAUCUUCCCACCGAAGAAUAUGGAAGGGUAUAAUGGAGUUCCUAUUCCGAAAAGGAAUGACGUUGUGAGCAAGAGGUUUGUGUUUGAUGGGUUGAAGAUUGAAGCUUUACGAGCAACGUAUGAAGAGAGCAUCAGACUGAAAAUGGAGAUGAAGAGACGGCCGUCUCGCGUUGAGGCAUUGUCUGCUUUCUUGUGGAACAGGUUUAAGGCCGCGGCUGCAAAAGAAGAAGAACAAUCGAGUUUGAGAAGGUUGUACACGGUUGUGUAUAUAAUGGAUCUUCGGUCGAGGUUUGAACCACCUCUCCAGCAGAAUAGCUUUGGCAACUAUUACCGGGCAGCAACUGCGACGCCAACAUUGGUUGAUGGGGAGGAGAGUGGUGGCCUUGUGAGGGAGGUGAUUGAGGAAAUAGACAAGAUUGACAAUAAGUAUAUGAGGAAAUUUCAAGAUGGCUAUAAGGAGCAUUUGGAUUUCAUGAGGAGAAGGAUGGAGAGGGCUGCAAAAGGAGAGCUGAUUACACUAACGUUUUCGAGUGUGUGCAGGUUUCCAAUCUAUGAGGCUGAUUUUGGUUGGGGGAAGCCUGUGUGGGUGAAUAUGGCUUCCAUGAAAAUCAGCAACCAGAUAAUUUUCAUGGACACCAAAACGGGUGAUGGAAUAGAGUCAUAUUUUAACUUCAAGGAGGAAGACAUGGCCAAGUUCGAGCGCGACUCAGAGUUCCUCCAGUUGCUUUCUCCAAAUGGUAAUGUUGAGCAAAAUCCAUUAGCACGCCUUUAG